UUUUGUAAUUUCUCUUUAAUAUCCCAAUUCCUCGAGGAGCUCGGCAGGCCGCCAUGGAGACCAAUUCCGCCGCCGUGGUCGUUAGCAAUACCCCAAGCAUCUCGCCGGAGAAACGCAACCGUUCAAUCUUCGACGUCCCGCCGGACUUCUUCGACGCCUGUAAACUCCUUCGUUCUCCAUACUCAUACACCUCAUCAACCGGCGGCAGCUACAGGAACAGCUCAAGCGCAGAAAACCCAGUCGAUUCGGAGAAUAACUCGAGCGAUUUCAAAGAAAGUUCCGUCGCCCACAGAUGGACCUGCAACACGUGCAAGGCCCAGUUCGAAUCCCUCCUCGACCAGCGUUCGCACUUCAAAUCCGACCUUCACCGGUUCAAUGUGAAACUAAGCAUUGCUGGAAAGAAUAUUGUGAAGGAGGAUGAUUUUGAUGAGCUGACAUCUGAUUCUUUCAGAGACUUUGAUGUGUCAAGUAUUUCUGGAUCAGAGGAUGAAACAGAGAAGGAGGUUCACUCUCGGAAUGAAGGGUCCAAGGGAACAAGCGACAAUGUCAAUAAGAAGAGGUUGUUUGUUCAUCUUCGAACAGGCGAAAGAGUUUCGGUUUGGAAGUGUUUACUCAUAAAUGAGUCAGAUAAUGUUUCAUAUGAAGAUGAUAAAACAUCUAUCAGUAGUAGUGCCGUUUAUGCACAUUACCUUAGAGAGAAUGAAGUCAUAGCAAGAUUGAAAAGUCUAAAUCUUGAGCCAAGAGAUGGCACCCGUUUGCGGAUAGUAUUGCUUGCAAGCGGUGGGCACUUCGCCGGUUGUGUUUUCGAUGGGAACUCGGUUGUAGCCCAUAAAACCUUUCACAGAUAUGUGGUGAGAGCCAAGUCUGGAAAGAAGCAAUCAUCAAAAGAUGCUAGUGGCAAGACAAUCAGUUCUGCUGGGGCUUCACUUCGUCGUCAUAAUGAACUGGCAUUGAAGAAGGAAAUUCAAGAUCUCCUUGCUGCUUGGAAGUCCUAUUUUAACGCUUCAUCUUGCGUCUAUAUUUAUGCUCCUUCAAACAAUCGGCAAUUGCUUUUUAAUGGGGAAAAGCCAUAUUUUAGUGAUCAGCACUCUGCUAUUCGGAACAUUCCGUUGACUGUUAGAAGGCCUACUUUGAAAGAAGCCCGGCGUGUUUAUGAACAAUUGGUACAAGUAGUUCAUGAAGUAGAUGAAAAGGAAAUAUCAUCUACCAGUGAGCACAAUUCACCGUUGAGUGCAGUUACAACAGACAAUUGCAUCCAAGAUGUAAGCAAAGAGAAAGUCAUUGGAGAUUUGGAAAAGGAUGCUCGUACGCAUACCGUAGAAUCUGUUGAAUGCGCCAUAACUAGUGAGAGUGAAAGUGAAGUUAUUUGUAGAACUACCCCUUUGCAUGAAGCAUCAGAGUCUGGAAAUGCAGAUAAGGUUUUGGAACUCCUUGAACAGGGUCUUGAUCCUUGCAUCAAAGACGAAAGAGGACGUACGCCGUACAUGUUGGCAAGUGAGAAGGAAGUCCGGAAUAACUUCAGAAGGUUCAUGGCUUCAAACCUUGAUAAAUGGGAUUGGAAUGCUGCUAAGGUGCCCAGUGCAUUAACUAAGGAAAUGGAAGAAUCUCAAGCUGCUAAGCAGGCAGAAAAAGAGGCCAAGCGAAAAGCAAGAGCAAAGGAAUUGAAGAAAUUAAAGAAGGAAAAAGCCAAGAAAGCACAGGCACAAGCAGCUGAAUCUCAAAAAGCUGUGAAGGUGGAGCAGAGCAGAGCUAUCGGCUCUGUUUCGAAUAAUCGGGCUGAAUCAACAAGUGGGAAACAGAUUACUCAAGAGAUGGGACAGGCUGCUGAACGGGAAAAGAGAGCAGCAGCUGCUGAGAGGAGAAUCGCCGCAGCCGCAGCCACCGAUGUUUCCUCAUCGACUACUCCGAACAGCUCGCAGACUAAAUCCGGGGAGGCGGGGGAUGUCAACUGUUCCUGUUGCAGUACGUCACUGGCUGGUAAAGUUCCUUUCCACAGAUACAACUACAAAUAUUGCAGCUCAACAUGCAUGCAUGUACACAGAGAGGUUCUUGAAGGAAACUAGCAAGGAUUGUAUCACAAAUCUUAUGCUUCCUCGUCAUCUGAAAUUUUUAGAGAGUAGUUUUAACUUAUUUGGAGGCUCGGUAAUAUCUGCUCUCUUUUUGGGAUUCUUGUACUUGUCUCGUUGUUGAUGAUAAGAUUAUAGCUUCAAAUGUAGAUUUUGACACAUUGAAUAUAUAAAUUUUUUACCGGUACUCAUUA